CAUCAGUCGUCUAUUGUACAGUGUGGUGCAAACUAAACAAGCAACAUGAAAUUCUUGAUCGUAGCAGCUCUUGCCAUCGCGGCAGUGUGCGCCGAAGAGGCUAAAAAGACCGAGAAACGAGGUCUGUCCGGUCUCGGCUAUGGCGGUCUAGGAUACGAUGGCGGUCUCGGCUAUGGAAGCGGUCUCGGCUAUGGAGGCGGUCUCGGCUAUGGAGGCGUCGGCUAUGGCGGUUACGGCGGCUAUGCCGCUCCCGUUGCAGUUAGCAAGGUCGCCUACACCACCCACCACGUGCCCAGCUAUGGCGGCUAUGGCGCAUAUGGCGGUCUAGGCGGCUAUGGGGGCUAUGGCGGUCUUGGCGGUUACGGAGGUCAUUAUGGUCCCGCUUUGAGCUACUCUAACUACAACGGCUACAGCGGUCUUGGCGGCUAUGGCGGCUACGGCGGACACAGCGGCUAUGGCGGCUAUGGAGGCUAUGGCGGCUAUGCCGGCUAUGGCGGAUAUGGCGGACACGGUCUCGGAUAUGGCGGUCUCGGCUACUACGGUCAUCACUAACUCCAACAUCGAAGAAACGACGACAUUGUGUUCAAAUUCUCCGCUCUUAAUACUCAUGGUUUUAUGAUUGUAUUUAAUUGACUCACUGCCAAUUUUGAUUUCCAUUUUUUACAAUCGCUUUUCCCAAAGAUUCGUAAGGUUUUCGGAAUCGAUUUUUUUAAUGUAUUAUAACACGUUGUACCUUUAAAUUGAGUACAAGUUCGAGUCAAUUUUAUUGAUUUUUACAACGAAUUUUACGCCCAAGAGUCUUUGUAAAUAAUAAUUAAAUAAAAUGUAAUAAAAAU